AUGUCCGAACCAGGCCCAGAAUCCAUUCCGACAAGCGCAGAUCCACGCAGCAAGCGGCCAACAAAACGACGGGCCGUGACACCGCAUUCCGAAGUCGCCAACGAGAUCCAGACCCUCUUCAAAGACCCAAGCAAAGAGCUGCAACUACCCAGUGCCCUGAAACCGCGCACCGUGGCGUCUCUCUCGGCGCCACCAGAGAUUGUCACUAAUGUGCAGGGAUCGUCGGCCGGUGCAGGCUCUGGCGAAUUCCACGUGUACAAGGCCAGUCGGCGGCGGGAAUAUGAGCGACUGCGGUUGAUGCAGUCUGAGGUGGAUAAUGAGAAGAGUGAUGAGAAUUGGGAGAAAGAGCGGGAGGAGGCGAAGCGCAAGGAUGAUGAGAAGACGGAGAAGAAUCGGAGGAGGAGGGAGAAGAAGAAGAAUGCGCGUGGGAAGAAGGGUGGUGAUCAGAAAGAUAGUGCUCCUGUGAAGGCCGCGGCUGCCCCGGGCUCUAUGGUUACUAUGCAAGACCAGGAUGGGAGCGCUGCGGAUGGUCAAGUGGCACAGCAGGAAGUUCCUGGUGUCAUUUUCCACGAUGAGGACUAG